AUGAUAUCAUCUGCUUUUCAAUGUGGUUGUCCAGAACGUGGCAAUCAAGCUCCAUAUCUCAUUCCACAUUCCGUUAAUUUAAACUCAUGUACGUCGCUCGCUGAAAUAGAAUCUGGUGAACAUCAUCAUGACGAUACUUGUGGCUGUGGAUCAGAUGCCGGGGAAGAAAUGCAAGAAAAAAGUCGGGUACUUUCUGAAAUUGCAGCGAAGGGCUUACCGUAUAAGGAAAUAGAGGCAGUUAUUAAUAACAAUCGUGUUGUAGUAAGACUACAGACUGAAAAGCCUAGCAAAUUCGACCCUCCUUGCGAAUGCAUCGAGCCACAAGUUGUUAAGUCAGAAACGGCGAAUUCAAUAAGUAAAGGUGGAAACGAAAUUGUCUUUCAGAAGACUAAAGAGCAUUGUCGAACCAUUAACGUGUAUCCACAUCCAGAUCCAAAAACUACUGAAUCAGGCAAAGGUGACAAAUUAGAUAAAAAAGAUUCCAAGAAGACUGCUGAUCAGGGAGCCAACAUUAAUUUCCCGACCGUUAAUCCAGAAGAAAAUCCAAAUAUCUUUGUUUUAAAGAUAAAAAGGAAGUGUGAGAAUGGUGAUAAAAAACACAAUUUUGAUCUUGAGUUUCGUGCACCGAGACCGUGGCGUCAACAACCGAAAUAG